CCCAGUUUGAAGGCAGAAAAACAGACUCUCAUGAUUAAAAACAGCAACACAAAAGCAACAUGAAACCUGUGUAUCUAUUACUCCUCUGCUCUAAUGUGGUAUGUCUGGUGAAACAUUCAUUGGUUAGUUUUGACACUGGUUCCUCUGGAAACCCAAACAUCUCUGAGUUUGUGGGUUUCCCAGUAAUUGAUGGCAUUCAGAUGGCUUACUACUGUGACAGCAGCAACAAGAUACUGGAACCAAGACAGGACUGGGCGAAGAAAAUAUUAGAUACCAACCCUCAGAUGUUGGAGUCGCUCACUGAUUAUUGUUUUGUGGAUCGGCCAAAUCUGUUCAGAUUAUGGAUUUCUAGUUUGAAGCAGCAGUUAAACCAAAACAGAGCUGUCCACAUUUUACAGAUGAUAGAAGGCUGUGAAUGGGAUGAAAACACCGGAGAGGUUACGGGACUUUUACAGUACGGAUACGAUGGAGAAGACUUUCUUAAAUUGGAUCUAAAGACGCUGACGUGGAUCGCACUGAAACCAGAGGCUGACAUUAUCAAACAGAGUUGGGAUGCUGACACAACCAGAAUGAAAGACCGUGAAAAAAUCCUCACUAAGAUUUGUCCAGAGUGGCUGAAGAUGUAUGUGGAGAGUGGCAACAGCUCUCUGCAGAGAACAGUUCUUCCCUCAGUUUCUCUCCUCCAGAAGACUCCCUCCUCUCCAGUCAGCUGCCACGCUACAGGUUUCUAUCCUAACACAGCCGUGAUGUUCUGGAGAAAAGAUGGAGAGGAGCUCCAUGAAGGUGUGGAUCCUGGAGAGAUCCUCCCAAACAAUGAUGGCACCUUCCAGAUGAGUGUUGAUCUGAAUGUUUCAUCAGUCACACCUGAAGACUGGGGAAGUUACGACUGUGUGUUUCAGCUCUCUGGUGGUGAGGACAUCCUUGUCACCAAACUCAAUAAAACUGUGAUCAGAACAAACUGGGGCAAAAAAAUAUUUAACACUGAUGAAGAGACGUCCUCUGACAUGCUGUUCAUCACCAUCGCUGCAGUCGUUGUUUUUGUUGUUCUCAUUCUCAUUGCUGCUGCUGGAUUUGCUGUUUGGAAAAAGAAGAAAGACAGACGGCCUACAUCUUCUCCUGACAAAGGAUCUGAGCUGUCAGAGCGACUAAAUCAACAAGGCUGA